CCUCAAAGGCCAGGGUGCAGUGAAAAAGUGAACGUAAUAGAAAAUGGAAAGUAGUGAUUUUUGUCUUUUCUUAAUAGCUGUUUGUUUUCCUUUUAUAAUAUUUUUGUGUUACGCUUAUGGGUAUUGUUCUCAUAAAUUAUACAAAGCGGGAACUGUUGUAUUUGACUAUCAGAAGGACGUCCCUACUUUCUUGUUCUUGGUGUGCAGGUUUGUUUUGCAAGCUCUACGGAAGACACGGGGGCAACUUUAUGACAAUGAUUUGCUUGCAAGAAAUAUAAACCAACUUACUUUCACUUUCUACAACUGCAGGCUGGAGCCCAACAACCUGAGAUGGUACUGUAGUGCUUUUGGGUAUGGGUGGGACUAUCCUGACUCCAGUUUCAGAGACAUCCCAUUGUGUUACCCAGAAGUGCUCUUCUUCCGCUUGUUGGCAAUGAUUGUGUGCUCUGAAGAGUUCAGGUUAAGCCCCCUCGGGCUCACCAAUGUACGUAAAAUCAUGAGAACAUUGCAGCCAAUAGACGAACUGAAGAAAGGUCCCUUUUCCCUUCAGGCAUCUGUGAGAGAGUACAGAACUGUAGAAGUGGGAAUAGAAGUGGAUAUUGCUCUUGACGUGACGGAUAGAGCCAGCAAGCCCGUGUGGGCAGGGCUUGUGACAUUGCUCUCAAGAGACACAAAGAAACUAAACAAAUGGCAACCGGCCUGUGGAAGUCAUGAGCCAAAGGAAGUGAAAACAAUUGAAUUAAAUGUCCCUUGGUACACAGGACUGAAAUGUGCCUAUGCUUCCUGGAAUUAUAAUCCACAUCAUCUCUUUUCUUCUAUUACUAAACUCCUUGGCUACAAACAUCCUACAGUUCAUAGCUUGUGGAUGAUAUCCAGAUGCUUGGCUGAAAUAGAGAAACAUGAAGGGGUUGUUGCUGUCAGUGCCCCUGUCUCUGUGGAAGUGGAUUUUAAGCAGCCAUUGCUCAUGCCUGGGAAAGCUGUCAUCAAGUUCUGGGAAACUUCUCCAAAGGGCUGUACUUCAUCUCGCAAACUCUACCACUUCAGAAUGGAAGAAAGUGAACUGCAAAUACCUCUUCUAGAAGGAGAUGUUACUGGUGUAGAAAGUAGCUCUUAAAACAGGGAUCACAACACUACUGUAUAUCACAAUUAAAACAACAAGGCGGUCUGGACAAGUUCUUUGGUCUCAGCUUUUGGACGAGUUCUUUGGUCUCAUUGGAAAUAAGAAGCUUGCAUUUUCCAGGGAUAAUUACGGUAUUUUUCCACACAUUCCUUGGUAGCUAGAUGUCUCUCUGCCAGAGACAUGAAUUCAUUCACACUUUGAGGGUUACCUUGUCCUAUUCUGUGUUUUAGGGAGAAGACUUUACAAGUAUGUGUCGAGAAGUAGGAUUUCUACUAUUUUGACAGCAGUAUUAGUCUUGGACUGUAGUCGUUUUCUAUCCAUGUGUAUACUGUCAAACAUCUGGGAGUGAGAUGGAAUCCCAGGUAUACAUUUCCAAGCACAAAAUCGAUUGUGCUUUUUAGUUUCUGUGGAUAAGAAAGAGGCUACUUUUUCUUAUGGUCAAUCUUGUCUCUCAUCCGUACUGUAUGUUCAAAAGCCUGUAAAUAGGUCUCUAAAUCAUCCAUUGACAUCAUUAUGUGUAGAACAUGUAUUUCCCAAUUCAGGGCAUUUGUACAGAUUUGGUUGUGUCCAUGACAUGGAAACAACAGUAGCAUGAAAACCCUUACAGGUUGUACUGUCUUUUAUAGAGAGAGAAAUCAGUACUUUUUGGUGCUGCAGAUUUCUCUACCUUCCCCUUACAGAAUGCUCCAGAUAUCUCUGCUGGUUGCUUGAUUUGAUUUCUUGUAGUUUUUCCUGACAUUUAACUUCUUUCAUCUGUAAAUGUUUUUGGUUUGAUUAUUCAGCUUUUCAGUAUAUCUAUGGGAUAUACCCAAUUAUGUCAUUAAUUCUUUAACUCUAUUACAAAUACAAAUUUUAAAAUGUUAAAAAUAUUAGAGUUGAAUAUUAAAUAAAGUUAAAAUGUCAUGGACCUUGAUAAAUACAAGUUUACCUAGAUGGCAUUGCUUGUGUAAUUUUGUGUAUCUAGCAACCUGUUUUGGUUGAUUUUACAGUAUGUGAACAUUUGAUUAAAUCCAACUAGUACUUUCCAGUUAUUUUUUACUUCCAUUUAGGAACCUAUACAUGUUAAUAGACCCUGAAUGUCACUGCUAAUUGGAACAUGUGUGGGAAAAACAAGGGUGUGCAUACUCAAUAAUCAAACAUUUUCAAUAAUUGAUAGUGUUUCACAAAAGAUAUUGAAAGUAAAGUGAAUGACAGUCAUGCAUUUUUGCAUUUUAAACAGAGGUAAUGUUUAGGUAAUGGAUUGUAAUUAUCUAAUCCAUGUAAAUAUUUUUGUUUCAAGCUUCUUGUACAAAAUCCAGGGAAGUAAACCCAUCUUUAAACUAUAUUGCUGUUGUAUACUAAUACUAAGCAAGGAUAUGUAGCUACAGUACAAGAUGCUCCUGCAUAGACUUCAGUAACACUAAUAUUAGAUUAAUUUCUGCAAUAUGGGUAAGAAUCAAAUCCUAAAACAACACAAGGAUUAUCAAUUUCUAUGCUGAAUACAUGGGGAGUAAAGCUUUGCAUGUAUUGCAUUACAGUAUAUUGCUAUAUCAUGCUUUUAUUACCUAAAAUGUUCAUAUAUCUAGAAAAAUUCUAAUAAAGGCAAAAAAUGACUUAACAUAUCCUUCAAUUGACCUUUCUUUGACAUUUUGACUUAGACCUUUUACCCAUACUUGUGCGUAUCCAAGUCUAGACAAUGCUUGGGAAAUGGCUGAUGUACAGUACAUUAUUAAACAAGCAUUGGACUCAAGUGCUCUGUGAUGAAGGGCUUUUGCAGUCUUUGGUGGCAGAAAAACUUCUAAUGGGGGGCUUGAUAUUUACUGUAUCCAUGGCAAUGAAUAGUAAGAUUUUUGUGUUGAUGUUAAUUUAACCAGAUUAAACCAGCAGUAUUUGAUGACUGUAGGAGCAGUGCAGAACUAUCACUAUGAUGUAAUUUUAGGGUCAAAUUUGCUUUGUAUUCUGUCAAUGUUGCCAUGAAACAGGAUGUGCACAAAAGCAUUUCAGCUAGCUCUAGAGUAGCAGCAACCUCUUUUUGCAGAUGAAGCUGAAUUAGAAGAAGAACAAAAACAGACUAUUAAACCACGGAAAUCUAAGAAUCUGGUCCUCUUUGAGUAUGUUUCUGGCACUCAAUGUACUCUGCACUCUGCUUUAAACAUACUGUACAAUAUGCUCAUUUCCCGUUUAUUGAAUCACAGAAAACUGAUAAAACAUUUGCUCCAUUUUUUAACUGGUACUUGCGGUAAAGCAAAAGUUGACAGUUGACAAUAGAUGCAAGUUUGUGAUGGACCAGGGUUUAUUGUUUAGGAUUAGUGAGGAUGGUAAAAAGCUUUUGGUGCCUCAAGCUGAAUGAGAGAAAGUGUUGUGCUUGGGACAUUCUGUUUCUUUAUAUUUCUCUAUAAAUCUCAUCUAUUCAGGGCAUUUAGGAAAAGUGAAAACAUAUCAUGUAUACUGUAGCUGCUGGAAUUUGUGGACAGGAAUGUACAAAGACAUAGUCAAGUGUUGUAAAUCAUGCAUCGCCUACACGUACACGUCCCUUUGUAAGGGUUAAUAUAAAGUACUGUACCACUCCCCACUGUUGAUAUUAUGUUUGCACAUUUAUGCAAUGGACAGUGUUAAAAUAAGAACAUUACAAAACCAGUAUCUAAUUUGACCUCCAUGACUAUGAACAAUAUCCUGGCAGUAUUGCAUAAACCAGAUCAUUUGCUGUGGAGUGUUCUGCCACUCUUCCUGGGAAGCUGCAUCUAGAAGGUUCUGCCAGUAACAGUUCACUUGUGUUGAUAGCAUUGCUGAAUUGGUCUCCAAAUGUUGCAUUGGACUGCGGUCAGGAGAGAAAGCUGUCCAUAGCAUUUUUCCGCACAGCUUUGUACUAUUCAAUUGCAUGAUGUUUUCAAAGAUGUUUGUCAAUGGACCAGCAGGGUCUCCUUUAAUUUAGAGAAUUAGUAAACAGCAGCAGAUGAAAAAGAAUGUGUAAAGGUUUCCCUGCUUAACAUUUUACCUUAGUACAAAUCUGGUGGGUAAAAACAAAGAUGUUUUCCAUCUUUGCCUAAAAUCCUUCAAGUUAUUUUUACAUUUUUAUUCAUUGAAAUUCAGCCAUUUCAGGUUUUGAAAGCAUCCAGCAGAGCUGGAGAUAAAGAAGAUCAAAAAGUGCUUUCAUACUGUACAUGGACAGCUUCCUUAUAAAAUGUAUAAAGACUUUCCUUUGCAUGAUUACCUGUAUGUUGAAAGGAUGUCUCUGUGUAAAAUCUUUUUCGGCACCAGUUUACGUACAUCACAAAGCUGUCUCAUGUCAGUUUACUUAAUACAGUUAGCCUUUGAACAUUAAAAAAUGUAAUGCUUUUUCUGAAUGUGAAAUUUCAUAGCAUUACUACAUGAUGCGCUUAUCCAACUGCUUAAAAGCACUUUCAUAGUAAGCCCAUUAUAGGACUGAAAGUUAGUCAAAUCAUGUACAGUAAUGCUCUACAAAAGCAUUUUCUUUACCUUUUU